AUGCCCAUCGAAAAAGACGCAUGCGAGACGCAUAUAUCUGUCAGAGAAGCAGCUGGCGCAUGGGUAAAGGCCAUAUUGCAAAAGCCUUUUUUGAGUAACUAUUACCAGGGAGCUGAUUACCACUAUCUACUCGAUCGUAUCUCUCGUUCAAUACCCCGCCCCUGCAUCAAAGUUGCUCGCAUGUCCACGCCAGGCUAUAUUUACCGUUUCGCUUGGCAGGCAGCGGCAUGCGGUGUACCGGUGUCCGCUGUGGCUUCCUUCAGAUUAUCCGGAAAUGAGAUCUUCAUUAGUUUAUUUCUAUAUUGUUCAAUUUUCUCUCAAAACAAUAGAGGUGCCCACGAAGUCGUGAACAACAUGUCUCAAUUUGAGGACACACCCCAGGCACCAGGUGCCAUGAAAUUGGAGGAUACAAGCUCACGACAAACUCCAGAGCUCGAUGGGAAACACCCGUUGGAAAAUCACGACGGAGACACGAAUGGCGCAGAAAACAAGAGAAUCAAGCUAGAAGAGCAUACAGAAUCCAAAAAUGGCCCCACAAAAGCGGAGCCGAUGUCGGUAGCCCUGAAAGAAAAUGGGGGCAUGGUGGUGGUGCCGCCAGCACAACCGCAACUUUUCUACGUACCAUUGAAAACCGGGUUAGUUUACGACGUACGAAUGAGAUACCACGCCAAGAUCUUCACGUCGUACUUUGAGUACAUUGAUCCUCACCCGGAAGACCCUCGAAGAAUUUAUCGAAUCUACAAAAAGUUGGCCGAAACCGGUUUAAUUCACGAUACUUCAUUGUCUGGAAGCGACCAUUUGGGACCCUACAUGACCAAAAUUCCCGUAAGAGAAGCCACUGCUGAAGAGAUUCUCGAAGUGCAUUCAAAAGAGCAUUUGCUGUAUAUUCAAUCGACUGAAAAAAUGUCGCGAGACCAAUUACUCGAAGAAACGGAAAAAGGUGACUCUAUCUACGUCAAUAACGACUCCUACUUGUCUGCCAAGCUCUCGUGCGGAGGAGCAAUUGAGGCUUGUAAGGCAGUUGUUGAAGGAACAGUGAAAAAUUCAAUGGCUAUUGUUCGGCCACCGGGCCAUCAUGCUGAGCCAGAUACCCCUGGAGGUUUCUGUUUGUUCAGUAACGUAGCGGUGGCCGCCAAGAACAUUCUCAAGAACUACCCUGAGUCUGUGCGAAGAAUAGUGAUUAUCGACUGGGAUAUUCAUCAUGGAAAUGGUACGCAAAAAGCAUUCUACAACGAUCCCAGAGUUCUCUAUAUCUCACUUCAUCGCUACGAAAACGGCAGAUUUUAUCCAGGAACGAAAUACGGCCAUUAUAGCAAUGUUGGUGAGGGUCCUGGUGAAGGUUACUCGGUAAAUAUCCCCUGGAACUGCCCGGGAAAAGGAGAUGGAGAUUACGUCUAUGCAUUCAACAAAAUCAUAUUACCUGUGAUCAACGAGUUCAACCCGGACUUGUUGAUUGUCAGCUCGGGUUUUGACGCUGCUGAUGGUGAUAUCAUUGGCGGAUGCCAUGUCACUCCUGUAGGAUACGGGUAUAUGACCCAUUUAUUGAAAGGAAUUGCCCGAGGAAACCUUGCAGUCAUAUUGGAAGGAGGCUACAAUUUGGAUUCCAUCACAAAUGGUGCUCUAGCCGUAACCAAAGUGCUUCUAGGAGAACCUCCAGAGAACACCAUUUCUGCGCUUCCGCUGUCUGACACCAUUGAAACCGUUGACGAGGUCAUGAAGGCAUUGGCACAAUACUGGAAAUGCAUGAGGAUAGGAAUGCCCAAACAGUCCUUUGAAGAUGUCUUUGACCUCUCCACCAAUACCAAUGCAUACAAGCUCACUAAUAUCGCCGAUACCAUCCGAUCGCACCAGGCCAACGAGCUCUUUGAAAAGUACAAUUUUGUCAACUUGCCAAUUGUCACAGCAGCUACCGCAGAUACGAAGAGUUCCUAUUUCACAGAUAUGCCUUCUCGCAAAGACGAUCUCAUUCUUGCAAGUCCUGAUAUAUAUAAUGCCGAGACGUUGGUUGUCACCAUUCACGAUCCACACGAAAUCUGGGCUAAUAUCGAACCCAAUUCUGGAACCAUUGACGGAGGCUCUUCGGUUGUUCUUGAGCAUCCAAUGGUGCAAAUAAUGGAAAAGGUCAAGUCUGAAUUAGCAGAAAGCUCGGAACCAUCUAAUGAAAAAUUGGGUUUCAUGGAUAUCGAAAUUCCAUCCUUGGCUCUUCCCUCGAAGCCCAUCGGCUCUUUGGCUAACCCUUCUGUAUCAACCUACAGCCCUACCAUUUUCUCACAGGAGUUGCUUCUCUACGUUUGGGACAACUACAUCACUUAUUUUUCAAACAUCAAGAAAAUCGUUUUCGUUGGAUUUGGCGAUGCGUACCAAGCAAUUGUCCAUCUUUAUUCGAAAAGGCCACCACAAGAAAUCAAAGAGGUCGUUAAAGGAACCAUAGCAUUUGCAGCAAAAUCUCCAUUGAAGCCAUUGGUAUCAGUCAUGGACGAAUCAAUGGUAGAUUGGUAUUACCAAAAUUCUGUGGUGUUCACCAGCCAUCUCAAUUCUUGCUGGACUUCCACUGGUUCUGGCAGAGCUGCAGACUCGGCAGACGAAAACAAAAGACCAAGAAGAAAGUUUGGUAGGGUCUUGAAGUCAGGAAGUGAUAACUUGUGGGAUGUCAUUAGUGACAAGUUCAACGAAGGAAUAGACUUUGUCUUGGAUUCUAUAGAGGACUUGAGUGGGACGGAGGAGUCUUCGUAG